ACGGUAGCUCAUCCAAACACUCACGGUAUAUAUGUCAUGUGUUAAAAUGUCAAUCUAUUUUACAGUACUGAACAAAAGUAGCGUUAGUUGACGAAUUUAGUUUGCUCUUCUGAAUUCAUUAUUUACUUAUUUUGCAAAUUUCGGUUUAAUUAGUUUUUAUUGUUCCUCUAUCAUUAUUUGAGACAAAACAACGAUUAUUAUACUAUUUUAAUAUUCCUUAAAUCCGAUAUUGGAAAGACAAAUAUCGGAAUAUUUUUUCACUUACAUUUUGUUAUUAACUGUGCAAGGUGACAGACAACAACAGUUUGAAUAUCCAAAACAUGUAAGUACGCACGUAGUUAUGAAUGCGCUAUUAUAUUAUAUUAUGCAAGUUAAAUUAACACGGCCAAUCAAUUAAAUUGAACGCAACUAUUUUAGGGAGGAUUUUCGAGUGAUGCAAAUUUUACAAUCGCCGCAAUGGGCACGAGUGUUAGCAAGAGUGCUGGCUAUGAACCUAGUUCGACGCAGGCGAGCUUUGGCGCAAAUCCGUCAGUGGUGGAUGAGACCAAUUUUUAUCCAACGACGUGAAGCCGGAAACGAUCUUUUGGACGUGAUAAUGCAAGAGCAAUUUACGGGAGCCACAUUCAACUUCCUUCGUAUGAAGAACGAAGAUUUUGAACACUUAUUGCAUCUCGUGGAGCCAAAAAUUCGGAAAACUGAUACAAAUAUGCGAAAAGCGAUUACAUCACAGGAAAGACUGUUAAUCACUUUAAGAUAUUUGGCAACUGGAGAUUGUUUUGCGAGUUUGCAAUACCUGUUUCGAGUGUCUGUAAGAUCGAUUAGCCGGAUUAUUGUUGAUGUAUGUAAUGCGUUGAUACAAGUUCUGCAGGAAUAUGUUCGGCUUCCAGGCACGAUUGAAGAAUGGUUAAAAGUGGCCCAAGAAUUCGAAAGUCGAUCGAAAUUUCCACAUGUACUAGGAGCAAUGGACGGUAAACAUGUACCGAUUCGAUCGCCGAAACAUAGUGGAACAGAAUAUUAUAAUUAUAAAGGCUAUAACAGAAUCGUUUUGCUGGCUGUAUGUGAUGCUAAUUAUAAUAUAUUGUAUGCUGAUGUAGGUUGUCAAGGUCGAGUUUCCGAUGGUGGAGUCUUUAAAAAUUCUUCUUUAUACUCCUUGCUCGAAAACAAAUGCCUAAAUAUUUCUGCCCCGCAAAUCUUGAACGCGCCUUAUGCCCAACCAGUACCAUUUGUAUUGCUAGGUGAUAAGGCGUUUGCAAUGACGGAAUAUUUAAUUCGACCAUUCGCAGGAACCCAUGCAAGAGGUUCUGUUGAACGUACAUUUAACACAUUACACUCAAGAGCACGCAGUGUUAUAGAAAAUGUAUUUGGCAUUUUAUCAAGCAGAUUCCGAGUCCUAGUUGGUCCAAUUCAGUUGGAACCUGAAUUCGCAAGAUUAGUUGUACUUACAACUGUAUAUUUACAUAAUUUUUUACGUUCACGGCAACCUACAGAAUAUAUGGAUCUUGAAAGUAAUUCUACUUCGGUUAUUGGAUCUACAUCGUCAUCUUCGAAUGGUAUGACAACGGUGUUGGAUGAAUUGGCCGGAAUACAAAUAAGAUCAUCAAAUGAUCUUAAGGAAAUGAGCAUGCGAUUUGCAAAUUAUUUAGCUAAUAAAUGAAUGUGUAUAAAUGUAAAACUUUUAAAUUUUGAUUUGUGUAGUAUAGGUUAAUUAACUAAAGGGUUUGUAAAUUUAAAUUAAAGCAUUUUAUGUAAAGUUAAGAACAUAAUUUGGAUUGAUUUAAAUUAUUUUGAACUAUAAUCAAUAGUUUUAGUACAAAAAUGUAGUACAAAAUAGUACAAAAAUGCAAUUGAAUUACAAAAUAACUUUUCAAUUCUUACUCACGGUGCUAAUGGUUGAUUUACAUUCACGAUCAAUUUUCAUAAAAUCCAUGGCUUCAUAAGCAAACCACGUUGGUUUGAAGACAUCAGCAGCAGUUAAAAGUUAUUAAAAAAAUGCUAUGGUAAUGUUUUCUUUAUUGGUACAAGUAAAUUUACAUGAACCAGUCACUUUGCUUUGUGAUACUUUUGAAUUGUAAGUACGAUAUGCAGCACAAAGUGACUUCCACUUAUGGAUUAAUGAAGAACAAGGUAUAUCCAUAGCUGCAGAUAUUUGUGCCCAUGCGUCUGCUUGCUUGUUGGCAUCCUUGUAAUGAAUAUUUGUCCUGUUCCAAAGUAUUUCUCUUUGUUGAACCAGCUGGAUGAAGACUAAAGUUAGCACUAACAACCGUUGUUUACAUUCUGGUUGA